AUGGUGGAGGUCCAAGAGUUGGAACCACUUAGUCCAAUUCAAGACGACGAGGACGUUGAUUACGAAGACGAAGAAGACGCUUUGGACCGUUUCAGUGAAGACAUAAGCUACGAUGAUCUCAAGAAACGCAUGUGGAAAGAUCGAAACCUCAUGUCUAAGCUCAAACAGCAAAAAAGAGAUAAUGAUAUUAAUCAUGAUCACCACUCCGUUAUCUCUUCGCCGUCAUCUUCCACGUCAGCACCAUCCUCUUAUUCCGCUAUCGUGCGCCGAGCGGAAGCUUCACGCCGCAAGAAGAUGGCUAGAUCUCAAGACUCGGUGUUGAAGUACAUGAUGAAGAUUAUGGAGGUCUGCAAAGCUCGAGGAUUCGUCUACGGAAUCGUACCGGAGAAAGGUAAACCGGUAACGGGAUCUUCCGACAGUUUAAGACGUUGGUGGAAAGAAAACGUUCAGUUCGACCAGACCGCUCCAAACGCUGUUUCUGACUACUUAACAUUAGCGGCUGCUCAGUUACUUUCAUCAGACGAGUCUCUAGAUCCAAACUCGUAUAUCCACAUGCUCCACGAGCUGCAAGACACGACGUUAGGUUCUUUGUUAUCGGCUUUGAUGCAACAUUGCGUGCCGCCGCAACGGAGGUUUCCGUUGGAAAAAGGUUUGGCUCCGCCGUGGUGGCCGAACGGGACGGAGCUAUGGUGGGGAGAGCAAGGAGCGGCUGCGUUUGAACACGGUCCGCCGCCGUAUAGGAAACCGCACGAUCUUAGAAAAGCUUGGAAAGUUAGCGUUUUGGCGGCUGUGAUCAAACACAUGUCGCCGAAUUUGGAGAGAGUGAGACGGAUCGUGAGGCAGUCCAAGUGUUUGCAAGAUAAGAUGAUGGCUAAAGAGACUGAUACUUGGUCCCGUUUGUUGAAUCAAGAAGAAGCUCUUCUCAAGCGCCUCAAGCUCUCUGACGAUGACGAAGAGGAGAAUCAAGAACCGGCAAGAUUCACUAGUUUUAAUCAAGAAUCGUCGCUAAACGCAAGUUCUUUUGUAGCGCAAGAACAAGAACCGUCAACAUUGAUUAGAAAAGACAAAAGGGUUGAUGAAGAAUCUUCCCUAGGCAACAGUUUUCUUGUAGCGCAAGAUCAAGAACCGUCGUUAAAUGAUUGUUUUCUUGUAGAUCAAGAACAGUUUGGAAACAAGAGAAAAGGUGAGUUUGUGGAGCAAGAAGAGAUGUUAUCAAACGUAUACACGUGUCAAAACACGAGUUGUCCUUCGAGUGAUGUGAGUUUUGGAUUCGUCGACAAGAACCUAAGGACAGGACACGAGAUUGAGUGUCUCUACGGGGCUCAAGAACCGACAAGACAGAGUAGCGGCGGCGGCGGCUCGGACGGGUUUGCGCGGUCGAUGACAACGAGUGACGAUGAUUACAGCGCGAGCUCGAAAGCAGAGGACACUAUGAAUUAUCAUCAUCAUCAAGAUGGAAACUGGCUAGAUUACCUCUGGUGCGAGAGGUUACAUGACUUGAAUUGUUCUGAUCAAGGAUUCGUGGAUCACACAACUAGCUCGGUGGAUUUGAACCAGUUACCAGAUCAUUCUGAUUCGAACCAGACCAUGAACGAGGAACAUUUCUCGUUAUGGGACAUGGGUUGUGAAGACAAAGAUAUCUACAUGUCUCAAGAUUGA